AUGAAGAUCGUCACUCUCAGCAUUUUAUCCACCGCCGUCGUGGUCCUCGCGGUUCCGAUCCCUGAACCGACUCCAUCAGGCAUAUGGACCAGUCCAUACGACGGCCUAGUCUUCACUGAAGCCCACAAGCUUGACAUUGACCACUUUGUGCCACUGAAGAAUGCGUGGAUGGUGAGGAAAAACCAAGGCCCUUUCCCCGCCGGUAUUGUUCGCAUCUUUGCCUGGCUAACGUGUCGGUUACAGUCUGGAGCAUCCGAGUGGACCGACGAGCAGCGAGAGGCCUUUGCCAACGACUUGGCUCGCCCGCAGCUUUGGGCCGUCUCUGCUCAUGCCAAUCGGCAAAAGGGAGACAAGGGCCCGGACGGGUGGAAGCCUCCUCUGACGAGCUUCUUCUGCACCUACGCCGAGUCUUGGGUCGAGGUCAAGGGCUAUUACAAUCUAACCAUUUCUGAAAGCGAGAAGGAGGCCUUGGGGAGCAUGCUGGAUGACUGCUGA